CCAAUGCAUAUCAGCAUAGAGAUAAUAUAUAAAGAGGGCAAAAUUGAUGAUCAAGAGAGAUAUUAUACUCAAGAAAUAAUAACAUAAUAAACAGAGAGACAGAAAAGAAAAAUUAAUUGUGUUUGAAAAUGGUUUUUGCAAAAAUAAUUUUGUUACUGUGUGUUGUGUUAAUUGGUAGUGUAAUUGAUGCUCAUAGACCUCCUGCCACUUACAUGGUUGGUGAUGGCUUCGGCUGGAGUCUAACCAUUGACAUGCAAUCCUGGGCCGAUGGCAAGACAUUUUAUGCUGGUGAUUUUCUUGUGUUCAAGUAUGAUUAUCAAUUAUACGAUGUGGUGGUGGAUGAUAGAGAAGGAUUUAAUUCAUGCACAGUUUCAGGCAAUUCCACAACUUAUGAGUCAGGAAAUGAUAAAAUCCAACUUAUUUUUGGGCAAAAUUUAUUUAUUUGUAGUGACUCUGUGGAUUGUCAAGCCGGAAUGAAGCUGGAAAUCAAUGCAAAAGCGACACCACCACUACAGUAGUCUUCAGUAUUCUUUAAGGUUUAUUACUUCUAAAUUCAGUAUGUUAGGCAUUUACUGAAAAUGCAAUAAUAUAAUUAUGUUUGUUUUUUUUAUUAAAUGGAGGUUAUCUUUCAAGAAUAUUUAAGAUUUUUUCCAAGCGUGGUCGA